UUCCCAUUCUAAAAUCGUUUCAUAAUGAUUUUUGAACGAAUUUUACGGACUCUACAAUAAAAAAAAAUUCAAAACAUGAACGUGCAAGAUCAUAUUCGAUUGAUAUUUGAGGAAUGAGAAGGAAACGACUGCAUUCGAGUCUUGAAUAUUCAAUUUCCUAUGUUGCUGGUUCACAUCGCGAUUCCCAAAUGUUUGCAAAUGCGAAUUUCUUUGUGAACGAAUUUUGGGAAAUUUACAAAAUUCAAAACAAGAACACGCAAGAAUGAAUGUACAUGCAAAACCAAUUUAGCUUAGGUCCUGUUUGACAUAACUCAAGUUUGUAAGUUAAACUUUAUAGUAGUUAAAAUUUUAUAUUUUAUCUAAAAUAUAAACAAUAUAAUUCAUCAUUGCUUCACCUUUCCAACCCUGGCCUCGUUUGCCCGCGACAUCAACUGCACCGCCUCCUCUCAGCUGGUUAAUGAUAAUUGGGUACUGGAUCUUCACCCUGUGCUCUCUCGCCAAGCCCAAACUGAGCUGGAUUCGCUCAUGACGAUUCUAGCUUCUCAGCAACUACAGCAUACUGAACAAGACGUAAGAAGCUGUACACUAAGCCCGGUUGGAUUAACAACAGCAGCAUACUACAGGCUUAUAACAUAUCAUGGCAUUCUAUGGCGCCCAGCUCCUUUCAUAUGGAUCAAAGCAAUACCGAACACAUGUAAAAUUUUUCUUUGGCUGGCCUUUCGAGGAAGACUGAACACAAAUGACAAUAGGGUACAGAAAUGCUGGGCAUCUGAUCCACAUUGUGCUGUCUGCCCUACCAUUGAGACAGCAGACCAUAUCAUAUUGCGCUGCCGACUAGCUUCUAAGGUUUGGAAGAAACUCAACAUCUAUGAACAGGCAACUCAAAGCACAGACGUUCUCCACUUCGUUGAUCAGGUCCUGACAAUUACGCCCUCACAUCUCAAAUCUGGAUGGCCAAUAUGCUUUGGCGCCUGCACACACAACUUAUGGAAAGCACGCAACCAUAGAACAUUCCAGCAGCGAGAUCUUACCACGGCAAAUGUGACACAUCAAAUCAGAGAAUGUCUACAAUUAUGGGAAAAUCACAUUAAGCCACAAUGUCGACCUCCAAUAUGCAGAUGGAUAGACUUACUAGCGUAGCUAGCUUUUCUAGUUCUUCCAUGCUUUCUCCUGUUUUCUGUAUUUCUUCUUCUUCUUCUUCUUCUUCUUCUUCUUCUUUUCUCCUUCUUAUUUUCUCUUCUUCCUCCCUCUUUAUCCGGUUCUUUUGUACCUCUUUAUAUAUCACCUUGACUACCAUUAAUACAAUGGUUAUAAGGUAGAGUCUCUCUACCUUUUUCAGUCAAAAAAAAUAAUAUUAUAUCAACAUAAACAUAUAUUGGUUAAUGGAUUUGUGGAGCUAGAAAUAUCCAGCUCUAAGAAAUCUUAAUCCAAAGCUGUGCCAAACAUGGUGCGAUUACAUGUAGGUAAAAAAAAAAAUCUAUGUACCUUAAUAUGUUACAUGUUGGCAUUGCAAAUGUUUGCAAACCUGAAGAAUCUUGUUUGCGUUCCGAGGCAAACAAAUCCACUUCAAAUCUGGGGUAAAAUUUGUCUAAGA